AGCAGAAGCGACAGCACAGAGCAGAAGAAUCCGAGUCUGUGUAUUUGAGUCUUCCCGAAGAGCUUCUGAGAAAUCUCUGAAAGAUGCAGGCGAGUGAUAGGUUUAACAUAAAUUCUCAGCUUGAGCAUCUUCAAGCUAAGUAUGUUGGUACGGGUCAUGCGGAUUUGAGCAGAUUUGAAUGGGCUGUGAACAUUCAGCGUGAUAGUUAUGCUUCAUACAUUGGUCACUACCCGAUGCUUUCUUACUUUGCAAUUGCUGAGAACGAAUCCAUUGGUCGAGAGCGCUACAACUUCAUGCAGAAAAUGCUUUUACCUUGCGGCCUUCCUCCAGAAAGAGAAGACGAGUAAGAAGAGCUUGCAAGUAUGUGCCUCUGUGUGUGGCAUUUGGAAUCAGAAAACAUUCUAUCAUUUUAGCACUCCUCUUCUUUGACUUCUUCGUCAAUGUAAUUGCCAAAAGGCUUCUCCUUGUUCUUAGUUCAUAAUGCAGUCCUUGAUUGUAGUCUUCCGAAUUGGUUGAUACUUUGAUACCAAUUGCUGAGCAUGAUCGAAACUUUCGUACUUGGUUAUAAAUCUAUACUAGUAUUUUUAAUAUGGUU